AUGAGAAGAUUACGGGAACGUUUUCGAUCUAAAAGUAAAACGGGCGUACCUGACACAAGGAAUACCCAACAAAGCCAAAAACUCCACAAGGGAACAGACACGAACGAGCCUCUCGCUGGAAGUGACAAGUCAAAUGAAGGCACCGAGAGAUCAAGCACUCCCCUCAUAACAGAGCAUACACCAAUUCGUGAGCUUUGGGCAUUAGCCUACGAAAAAUUACGAGACGAAGAUGGCGAACUCUUCAAGAAUUACGAAACUGAGCUCAAAAAAAGCGUCCCCUGGAGCCUUGCGCAAAUGAUUCCCAUUAAAGCCAAUAAGAGAGACGCGAUGGAGGCUAUCCUCAGGAUCAAGAUGGACGAGAUCAAUACAAAUGCGUCAAGCCCUGAGUUUAAGGCUAAGGCGGGCGAAAUCAUUCAGCUCUUUGUGAAAGUCGUGGGUUCAGCCAACGACUAUAUCAGCAACGCUGCAAGUGCCAACCCAUACACUUCGAUAGCUUGGACUGGUGUCAGCCUUAUUUUGCCACUUUUACUGAAUCCUUCAGAGCAGAGAGAAGCUCUAGCGAAAGGGCUCGAUUAUAUCGCAUCCCUUAUCGCUUUGAGUCGAAUGCGAGAAGAACUCUAUGUUGAUUGUUAUGAGUCAGGUACCGGUGGACAUGAAAGUUUUCGACAAUCUCAUAACCAGUACAAAGCCGCCUUAGAGAAGCUUUACAGACAUAUUUUGAGAUUCCAGGUCACAGUCUAUUGCUACUAUACUAAUGUAUCUGCUCUCCGCUUCGCUCAAGACUCUAUUAAGUGGCAUUCCUGGGAGCAGUUGGUGAAUGAACUUCGUGAUCAAGAGAGUAACUUCACCGCUAUUGAAGAGAAAUGGCGCGAUAUACAGCGUCGUGAAGAACACUUGGCCGUCAAAAAUCGGCAGCAGACGACUAACAACACUUUAUCUGCUCAGCUUUCUGUAUCACAAAAGGCGUUUGACAGCGCAACGGAAAAAGAAUACGAGGAACUAUUGCAUUGGCUUUGUGAUGUUGAUCACUCUGCUAUGCACAAUGCCGCUCGCGACAGGCAUGAGACGGGCACGAAUGAAUGGUUGAUAAGUGAUAGCGAGGAGUUCAAGGCUUGGGAGACGGGAGACAGGUCAUUGUUAUGGCUCCACGGUAAAGCCGGCUCAGGAAAGUCAAUCCUAACCUCGUCCGUCAUCAAAUACUUGCGAGAUCAAUACGCUUCAAAUUCAUCACUCUCGACUGCGCUUGCAUACUUCUACUUCAGCUUUAGUGAUCCCCAAAAGCAAAGAGUAGAUGUAAUGCUUGCGUCUCUUAUCAAACAGAUUUGUUCUUACUUUUCUGGAGAGCUUUUAUUUCGCGAGGCUUUCCGUGGGCAUAAGAAAAGAGGAGAGCGCCCAGAUACUCAAACCCUCGAGAAGAUGCUAGUGACGUCUGCAUCGAGUUUCUCGAAUGUUUACGUUGUUAUCGAUGCUCUAGAUGAGUGUCCUUUGCUCAACGACCAACGAGAAAAACUACUGAAAAGCUUGGGGCGUAUUGUUAUUGACGCCCCUAAAAAUGUUCAUAUAUUUUUAACCAGUCGCAAAGAGCAAGAUAUUGAUAAGAGGCUACGUGCUUUCCUAUCUCCACCGUCGCGGAUUGAAAUUGAUCUGCUAGCCCACCAGGAGACACUUAAUCGCGAUAUCCACCAUUAUAUCGACCUAAAGUUAGCGACUGACGCUUUUCAUUCUUGGCCAGAGAGUGUAAAAGAAGAGGUGAAGCAAUCACUCGUGGAGAAAGCAGAUUGCAUGUUUCAAUACGUUCGUUUUCAAUUUGAAGGUCUUCAAAAGCUUACGGCUACGCCCCAGAUACGCAAGGCUCUUCGAGAGCUUCCUAUUGGACUUGAUGCAACUUACGACAGGAUUCUGCAAUCCAUUGAUUCUGAUUUCCAAUGCCAGGUUCUAGGCUCUCUAAAAUGGCUCGCCUUUUCAAAGAGGACCUUGAGCAUUGGAGAGCUCUCUGAGGUUUUUACUCUUUAUACUAUGAAUUCAAACGAUGGUAUAUUUGACGAGGCAGAACGCCCUUUCUCUUGUACGGAUAUUCUCAAGUAUUUCUCCGGCCUGAUAAUCGUUAAUGGAAGCAGCUGGCGAGUUAGUGGCGAUUCAAGAACAGUUCGGCUAGUACACUUUUCUUUGAAGGAGUACUUGACUUCCUCAAGGGUAUUAGAAGGCCCUACCUCGGUGUUCUCGUUCAAAGAGGUUGAUAGCCAUCUGUCUAUUGUCCGUGUGUGCCUCAUCUACCUUGGACACAUCAGUUCUCAAUAUGCGAAAGGCGUGGACCUCAAAUUCUCAGGUCACUCAUAUCACUUGGCGAACUACCUAUGCGACUACUGGCUGGUCCAUCUCGAGGAGAUUCUAUGUGAAUCAGCCGAUAUUGGACAGGAAGCGUUACCUCUGCUCGCUGCUAAUAGCCAAAGCUUGGUCACUAUACUCCACAUUGGUAGAGAUCUCCCUCGGAGAAGUCACCCUGAUCUACUGUUGAGACCUUAUUGCUACACUGCGUUUCUCGGCCUCUGCCGGCUGACAGAAUUUCUAAUAUCUGAAUGUGUUAAUAAGUAUAUUACUUCAUAUGACUUGGGCAGAGCCCUUUCAAUCGCCGCCUAUCAAGGAAAUACAGACAUCAUGCGGUUGCUUCUCAAAGCAGGUGCGGAUGUCAACGUCUGUGGGACGCAAGGCACGAGCCUAAGAACCGCUAUGAGACGAGGGGAUCUUAUUGCUCUAGACCUUCUUGAGACACACGGAGCCAUUAUAAGCAGUCUUCCGAUUACCGAAUGUAUAUACGAAUACCCGGAUGAAGAAGUCGUAGAGUAUCUCCUUGAUAAAGGUGCUGAUAUCAAUAUGCAAAAUAAGCGCAAUGAGACAGCCGUUCACGUGGGAUUUUCUAGAGGUGACGAAAGAAUUUUCAAGCUCUUGCUAGAAAGAGGUGCCGAUGUGAACGCUGGAAUACACGAGCAUUUAGGCACGCCACUUCAGAGAGCGUGUUGGAUUACGAAAGACUACACGACUCGAUUCGUUAAAAUGCUAUUAGACAGAGGCGCAGAUCCAAACAAUCGGGGUGGGAGAUUUGGCACAGCACUUCAAGCGGCAUGCGCCAUUAUCUCGACUAAUGGCAGUCCUGAGGACCCCUAUUUUAGUCGUGACCUCCGUCACGGCAGGCUGAAAGGUCGUUAUAGCUACGGCACGUCCAUAAUAUCGCAGAAGAUACGGCUUCUCAUUGAUCACGGCGCCGACGUGAACAUUCAAGGAGGGGAGUACGGAACAGCACUCCAUGCACUAGCAGGGUCGACAGAACCCGAAACGGGCCAAUUGAUAGAGCUUCUCUUGAACAAUGGCGCCAAGGUCAACCAACUAAGUGACUGGGGAACGGCAUUGCAUGUUGCCUGCCAUGAGGGCAUGAUAGAGACAGUUCAUUUGCUGCUCAACCGUGAUGCUGAUGUGAAUGCAGUAGGCGGCAAAUUCGGCACGCCACUACAAGCUGCUGUAACUUCUAUCAAGGACUGGAGAUGGGGAAUAGGGGAUGACUUUGCCCGUGAAAAGGAGCUCAGAUUGGAGAUCGUAGAGCUGCUCUUAGAGAGAGGCGCUGAGAUCAACCAAAAGGGGGGAAAGUACGGAAUUGCGCUCCAGGCUGCCUACGCCAACGAACAUGUCGACGCGGAGCUGAUCCGCUUGCUGCUCGACCACGGGGCAGACAUUACCGCAGAAGGCGGGCACCAUGAAAGCGUGCUUGCUGCCGCUUGCAGCAACCCUCGGAUUGACCUCGAGAGUGUGCAAAUGCUGCUGGACCGCGGCGCUGAUGUCAAUGCAAAAGGGGGCGCGGACGGAACCGCACUCAUAGUUGCCUGCAAACGUGAAAAUCUUGAACUGAUGCAAGUGCUGGUUGGCCAUGGCGCUGAUGUGAAUGCAAAAGGCCCACGGGGCCAGACCGCUCUCAUAACAGCUUUUUACCAAGAAGCCAACGAAUUUACCUCAUCGGUGGCGAAAUUACUACUCGAAAAGGGCGCUGACGUAAAUGCGGAAGAUGAAGAAGGUCAAACGCCUCUUACACUUUCUUGCCUCCAUGAGGGGAGACUUGAGUUGGUGGAAUUACUGCUCAAAGAGGGCGCUGAUGUAAAUGCGGAACAAAGAGAUGGUCGAACGCCUCUCACGAUUGCUUGCAGGUAUAACAGAGGCUCUGAAUUGGUGAAACUACUGCUUGAGCAUGGCGCAAAUGUUUUCCAUCAAGACUGUGCUGCCUGGCAUGAGGUUGCCCAGCGCUGGGCACCUACAUGGAAAGACAAACUUGCUAAACUGGAGCUUUUCCAUAACUACCACAUCGAUGUCAACCAUGUGCAUAAAGAGCAUGGUACCGUGUUGAACACUUUGGUUAAAAAAAGGUAUCAUGACUCUACAAGGGGAUUGAAUCCUCUCAUCCGCUGGCUACUCGACCACGGCGCUGAUAUCAAUAUCCUGGGCGGAGACUUUGGCUUUCCGCUCCAAGCGGCAUGCACACUCACUGGUAUGGCACACGAUAUCAUUGGUAUGGGUAUGACAUACAACAUCAAUUCCAUCUCUGCCAAUACGAAAUUGCUGCUUGAACAAUGCCCCGAUAUCGAUGUCAAUGCCCAAGGCGGAAGAUUCGGCUCGGCACUCCAGGCAGCCGCAUUUUCGGGCCAGGCUGAAUCAGUCAAGUUACUGCUUGAGAAAAAUGCCAAUGUCAACGCAGCAGGCGGCAAGUAUGGAAGUGCUUUGAAUGCUGCUAUUGUUAGCGGCCAUUGGAAUAUUGUUGAGAUUCUACUACAAGCGGGGGCCACACCUGAUUGUUAUGUUCAACAACAACCUGAUGAAGAAUUGCUUGAAAAUAUUCGAAAGGAAGAGUACGUUGCUUAUCUGGACACGAAAGGCGCUGCUGAUAGAUAUAUGAAGUUCUGGGAGGUUCAGAGCAAAUCUAGAUUGAAGAAUUAG